AAAUCAUGUGAGUUUGUUUAGUAUUGAAACUCAUGAGAUUGUGGAAUAGUGCGUAAUUGUGAGAAAGAGAAACCAAAAGUUUUUUUUCAGUGAAAGGGUUUGCAAUAAAAACCGUUUUUUAAAAUACUUAUUAUUUCUCAUAAUUUUUGUAUUUUAUUCCAAAUAAAAUAGCUCUUUUCUUUUUGAGUUUCGUGACUAAGCCUAAUUUACCACGUAAAAUUUAAGGAUUUUGUAAUAGCUGUAGUGAAUGUGAUGUGAGAAUUCAAUGGUGGCAGCUGAUGAAAAGUUAUGCAAGCUAUGUAGUUCAAACGUUAUCCUCUUCUUCUAAAAAUGACUUAAAUUAUAUGCAUAUAAAACAGUUAUCAUUAUGGCUGACAAUUUUUUUGGCUUUAAUACAGAAUUGCCGUCAAGCGUGCUUGGGCGGAAAGGGUUAAAUGAGGAGUUUUUGACUGAUGAUGUAGAAGAUGAAUAUGAUGCGUUAAAUGAUGAAACUUUUGGUCAAGCUACUGCAGAUGAUGAUUGGGAAGAAGCUCAUGAGAAGUUAUCUGAAUUGAUCACUAGGAAAGAUGAUUUGGUCAGAAAUUCUGUUUUCAAUGAUUCCUUGUUGGAAAGUGAUGAAAGUCAAAAUGAAAUUGUAACUAAAAGUAUAUCUCAGCUAGGCUUAGAAGAUGACUUAGAUGAUCCUGCUAUCAUGACUGUUGCUCGUAAUUGCCAUAGUUUGGCACAUCUAAGGCCAUCGUAUAGAUCAGCUUCUCCUCCUCCACCAGCUAUUUUAGAAACAGAGGAUUGUGGCUCACCUAAGACUCAUUCUAUUUGGAGUACCACUCCUAAAGACAGUGGUAUAUCAUCAUUUUUGCAGUCUCUCAAUCCUAGUUCUAGCAGCAUUCCGCACAAGGACACUCCCAUGUACUUGAAUUCUGCAUCUGAUAAUGUUUUUAUUACACCUACUAAAGCAUGGAGAGCUGAAGAACUUGAGAAAGAUUUGCUCUCAACAGCUAAGAAAGAAUCAAUCCAAACAUCUAGUGGUAGUUGGCCUCAAGUUCCAUCAGUACUUCCAAAUAACCAUCAAAAUGCUAUUAACAAACUUUCAUCUCCAAGAUUCCCUAAUAAUUUAGGUCAAAAUCGUAAUAAGGUUGCAGUGGAUCGGAUGUUAACUAGAGAAGAAGUGGAAAGGCACUUGCAUUCAGAUAUGAGAAUGCGAUUUCCAGGUGGUGUUCCAAAUUUUCCUCCACCACAAUUAAUUCCUCCUGCUUUACAAUCAUCUGUGAUCUCUCCAAUUGGUUCAUCAAGGGGUAAUAGUAUAAAUGGGCCAAAUCAGUCAUCACCUGUUCCUCUUAGACCAAUUAGGGGUCCAUUGAUAGGAAAUAAUCCUGUGCCAGAUCGAUUUUUUAUUAAUGCAAGAAUGAAUAUGAUGCACAACCAAUUGCCAUUAAGGGGACCUAUGCCAAAUCUUCCCCCUGGUUUUAAUCCAUCAAAUUUAGGUAUGAAUCAUUCAAAACUCCUUAGUUUACCUCCAAGAAGCAUAGCUCAUCCUCUUCUGAAUAAACACUUCCAGUUUCCACUAUUAGUAUACAAUAGUUACUAUGAAAAUGAAGACGGGAAGCACAUGGCUCACGAAAUGGAAGAUGAAUAUGCUGGUUUGAUGACACAAAAAGAGAAAGAAUGGCUCAUAAGAAUCCAGAUGCUGCAAUUAAAAUCUGAGAAUCCUUAUGUGGAAGAUUAUUAUUUCACAACUCAAGUUGCUAGGCGAUGCCGAAAAAAGUUUACCGAAAAUGCUUCAAAAAAUGGUGGUGAUGCUCCUGAAGUAAUCCUUCCUGAAACAACCAAGCAUGAAAGUAGAACUUUUGUACCUACUCAGUUUGAAGGGUCAUUAGGUAAACUUCAAGCUGUGAGUGUUAACUUUCCUAGAAAAGUGUUAGAUAUUACUGUCACUAGACCGCUUGAAGAUGAAGAAGGGAAAGUAGUCACCAACCAGAGUCUUUUGAGGUAUCGCAGAUUAUUGUUGGACAUUGAAAAAUUGUACUGUUAUUUACUGGAGAUUGAAGAUGAAGAAAGAAGAAUCCUUGCUAAACCUGAAAGUGAAAGUGGUCAACAUUUGGUUAAUAUUGCAAAACUGACUAAAGACAUUUUUACUGGUUUAUUUAAUGAAUCUGAUGACUAUUUUCAAAACAUCAUGACAAUACGCAAAGGGCGUUCAUUGGUGAUGCGAGUUUUUAAGAUAUUUAACGUGGAGCAACAAGUGCAGUGUCUUGUCUUCCUCCUUCUAUACUUACCUGUAAUUUUGAAAAAGGACUUCAAUGAUCAUAUUUUAAUUCAAAAUAUUAAAGUGAUUUCUGAUGCAAUUCAGAAGUUUUCUCUAACUCAUUUGGUAAAAUUAGGGGAAACCUUGAAUAACUCUGCAUCUCCUGAACCAACAAAAAUGAAAGAAAAAGGCAACUUCAUCAAUGCUUUCAAAAAUAAGUUUGGUUCAACUGUGGUAUGUGCUAUGUUAAUGCGAGCAGAAUCUUUAUAUUGUGGUUUUGACCUCUUUGAAACAGACAUUCAAAACAGGUGGUUGAAAGUGAUAAAAAAUAUAGUUGAAUGUCUUUGCACUGUGUCAAAUUCUUCAUUGGCUGCUCCGGUGAUUCCUUGUAUAAAUCUUCUAAGUCAUUUUCAAAGGUUUCCUGUUGACAAAGAUAAGCUUGAUUUGCUCCAAGAAAAGAUAGAAAUUUUUGUGACAAAUUCAAAGCCUGAAGAUAUUAAAAGUGUGUGACAGAACUUGUUAUAAAAAUUAUGUAAACUAUAUUAGAAAGAAUCCAUUUUUGUGAUCAGAAAUUGCAGUAAACUGUGUAAAUUUCUUCAUGCAGUUUCUUUGCACUAGGUGAACAAAUUCUGGGAUUUCCUCUUGGGCCUGAAGGAAAGUUGGCACCUGUUUAUAUUAAUGACAACCACCAUCCAGUCAUUCUCUUUUUUGUUUUGUUUUUAAUUUAUCAUUGCAGCAAAGGGGUACACCUUCUUUUCUAAGUAUACAGAAUCUUGAAUAUUUCAUCUGAAUAUUUUUUUAGAUGUCUUUACACUUUUGUAUAAUAGCUGGCACAUACCAUAUUAACUAGCUUAAAUUGACCAUUUAAUUGACCUAGUUAAUUUGCAAGAAAAACAAAUCUUUAUAGAAAUUUCUUAAAAAUUUUGAUAAGUCUUAUGUUGGAUCAACGCCAGCUUUAUUUUCUUUUCUUCAUUACAUAAAAAAACUGCAUUUUGCUCUAGACAUUUGCCAUGUUGAAGGUGUACUCUUGCUGAGUGCUGCCAUAACUUUAUGUAAUGUGACACCCAAUAUGGUGCUCUUGAAUAUUGAAGGUCAUCAGUUCAUGACCUUAUUCUCCUGCAAGGCAUACAUAUGCUUGAGCCUAGUGCAGGGGAAUUUUCUUUUCAUGCAUCUCAUGUUCUGCACGAAAAUGUUUAACAUUUGAUGUAUAUUUUGUUAUACUAGUGCUUUUAAGUUGAAUUUUAUUUGAAGGUUUAACCUCUUUCUCAAUGUGUAGUUGUCCUAGCUAUUUAUUUGCAAUAUCUGCAACAAGUAGUUGCAUAAGAUUUCUCAUUUGCAUAUAAAUUUAGAUGUUAUUGUUGAAAUAUUGAAAUUAUUUAAUCUAAUGAAAAGGGUUUACUUUAUUCAAUGGCCUUUCCUUUGUAAUCUGUCUAAUUUGGUUAAUUUUAUUUUAAAUCACUGGCUUAGUCAUUGAUGUAUUGAGAACAAGAAUGCUAUUGGCAAAAGUGAAAAAUUUAAAAUGUAAUCAUUUAAAACACUUAAGUUCGAUUAUUAUUUAUCGGAUACAGUAGUGGGGAUUUAUUAUUGGACAAUAAGGUCACAUUAAAUAUUAUUUGAGAUUUUGAUGUAAAUUGUAAUAUUCGAAUCAUAUAAUUCUAAAAUAUAUUAAAACUGCACAUCUAAUAGAUUUUCUUGCAUACUACAAUCAGGAAAUGUGUAAUCAGAUUUUCUUGUUGUACUUUGUCGUAAUAGCUGGAACCAAACUUGGAAAUUUAUUUUGAAGAAUGAAUUUAUUGCAUGUCUGAUUUAGAAUUAAAUGCUUUUUUUUUUUUAACUUAUAUCACAAAACAUCUGUUAACAUCAAGAUACAUUAUGAAAAAAAGGUUUUCUAAGAAGUGUUCAUUUUGUUGUACAUGUCAAUCUGUUUUGGAUAAAUGUAUUUAACAAAAAAGGAUAGAUGUUUUAUUUUAACCAAAUAAAUUUUAUUUCUCUUUAA